UCUCCCCUGUCUGCUAGCCCCUCUCCCGUCGCCCUUCGGCCCGCAGAGGCCCAGGAUCCCGGGACCCUCCCCCCCACCGGUAAAGCAGUUUCCCCGGGCCCCCGACCCACCCUCCAGGAUGGAGCGAGGAGACGACGCCUGCGUGCUGGACCUGCGGUGCCCCAAGGCCAGGGAUAUCCCCCGAGGAACUCACACAGAUUUAUACGCGGCCAGUACGAGAGCCAGCCCUGACGUGACCGCCAAGCCUACAGGAGACGGGAGCGACAACGAGGAGGAGGAGAGGGGCAGGCUCCUGCGGCUCCAGCAGCAUCGGGAGGAGGAGGAGGAGGAAAAAAGGCUGCGGGAGGAGGGCAGCCCUUUGAAGACGCCUUUGGCGGGAGGCGAGGAGGAAGACGCGGACGCGGAGGAGCCGUGUCGUCGGCGCCGCCGGCGCCGCAGCCGGGAGCGGCCCACCAUCUGCGAGGUGUGUGGCAAGGGCUUCAGCCGCAGCACGGACCUGGUGCGGCACCGGGUGACGCACACGGGCGAGCGGCCGCACCGCUGCGGGGACUGCGGCAAGGGCUUCUCGCAGCACUCCAACCUGGUCACCCACCGGCGGAUCCACACGGGCGAGAAGCCGUACGGCUGCGCCUACUGCGCCAAGCGCUUCGGCGAGAGCUCGGCCCUCAUCCAGCACCAGCGCACGCACACGGGCGAGCGGCCCUACGCCUGCGCCGACUGCGGGAAGCGCUUCAGCGUCUCCUCCAACCUGCUCCGCCACCGCCGCACCCACUCCGGGGAGCGGCCCUACGCCUGUGCCACCUGCGGGCAGGCCUUCCGACACAAGGCGCAGGCGCGGCGCCACCAGUGCCAGCUCCGCAGCGCCCCCUCUGGACCCACACCCGCAACGGCGGCGCCCGAACCCGACGGUGACCAGCAGGGCGGCGCUAGAGAGGAGGGUGGCGGUGCCCGACGGUGACCAGCAGGGCGGCGCCCAAGAGGAGGGCGGCGGCGGAGCCUGACGGUGACCAGCAGGGCGGCGCCGGCUGAAGGGACGAGGACCGGCCUCUGCGUCGCGUGGCUCAAUCAAUCAAUAAUAAUAAUGAUGGCAUCUGUU